ACCAUGUGAAUCAUGGAACACCACAGAUUCAGUAGUACUGGCUCUUCAUCUGACUCUAACCACAUCCAAACAGGGUUAACUUCUCUGUCUUCACAACGCAGCCUCGCAUCAGUUCCUUCCCUUAACUCACACUCUCAUCAUCAUCUCGAGAACCUUCCAACCACCUCUCACAACUGUCUCACAACUUUCAAAGGCAACACUUCCUACAUAUCCUCUCUAACCCUUGUUGGGAAAUUCCUCUACACAGGCUCAUCAGACAGAGAAAUCAGAUCCUGGAACCACACCCCUUUUCAUCACUCUGAAUUCAACCCUCAACAAUCAACCAGUAACAUUGUAGUUGCUGGAAAGGGUGCAGUGAAGUCCAUAGUAGUUCACUGUAAUAAGCUUUUUAGUGCUCACCAAGACCACAAAAUCCGUGUUUGGAAGAUUAAAACCAACAGCGAAAAUGACCAAAAGUACACCCUUUUAGCCACACUCCCAACGUUCGGAGACCGUGUCUCAAAACUACUGAUCCCCAAAAACCAUGUUCAGAUUCGAAGACACAAAAAGUGCACAUGGGUUCAUCAUGUUGACGCAGUUUCUUCACUGGCCUUGUCCAAAGACGGAACCUUGCUGUAUUCAGUUUCAUGGGACAGGACAAUCAAGGUUUGGCGAACCAAAGACUUCACAUGUUUGGAAUCAUUAAACAACGCACACGACGAUGCAAUAAACGCGGUUGCAGUUUCUUACGAUGGUUAUGUUUACACCGGAUCAGCAGAUAAGAGAAUUAAGGUUUGGAAGAAAGGAGGCGAAAUAGGAGGAGAAAAGAAACAUUCCCUGGUGGACACGUUAGAGAAACACAAGUCUGGGAUUAAUGCAUUGGCUCUUAACAGUGAUGGGUCUGUGUUGUAUUCUGGUGCAUGUGACAGAUCUAUAUUGGUUUCGGAGAAGGAUGUGAAUGGUAAAUUAGUGGUGGUGGGUGCGUUAAGGGGGCACACCAAGUCUAUAUUGUGUUUGGCUGUGGUCUCUGAUUUGGUGUGCAGUGGUUCAGAGGAUAAAACGAUUCGAAUUUGGAGAAGUGUUCAUAGAGAUCAGUAUUCUUGUUUAGGUGUUUUAGAAGGGCAUAGAGGUCCAAUUAAGAGUCUCACUGCUGUGGUGGUUGAUCAUCGUGACUCGUCCGAAACAUCCUUUCUUGUCUAUAGUGGCAGUUUGGACUGUGACAUCAAGAUGUGGCAGAUUUUUGUUCCUGUUCUCUAA